UUGCGUGAUCACUCUCCGGCUGUCAUCGAUGUGUUCCUAAACUGACCCAAUCUCAGGAUGUCGUUCGCCAACCUGAUGGAGUCAAUUGGCGGCUCUGGGGAUUUUGUACUGUCACAAACUGGCCCAUUCCGCAAUUGCGUCAUCCGCUAGCAUGCCGUCACUGCGAAUGUCGGACAUUGAGCUUCUUUCAUGUCUGUCUAUUAAUGGAAGCCAUCCCCUCUGAGGCCCGGCAGCAGUAACCUCGCACGAACCUGAGGUUGAAAACUGCACGCCACUGUGAAACCCUCAUGGCGGCCUUUCGACACCUGGCCGAUCAGGUGGUAUCAGACUGCCUGGUCAGCCCUUGAUCCAGCCCAGCUAUGCAUGCUAAGAUAUCCGUUUUCAAUUGAACAUUCCAUGACCGACCUCGACAGUCUACCACAUUCAACCUGCCGACCAGUCCAGUUCCCACGAUGCCGAGCGCCCUUUUAUUGUCAGCUAAACGAUAGCACGUCGUCCAAAGGCUAUGGCUGCGGUUUGACAACUGCCGUCUGUUAGACAUAUCACAUCAGCCUACUCGAUCCGCAAUCGCAGGCUCCUUACAACACCUGAGGAUGAAGUGGAGUCUGAAGCGCGGCACUGGCAUCCGAGAUCGGGGACAAAACAACAAUGGGGAUUGAUCAUGGUACUCCCUUGUCAGCCGAGUCUGGAGUUGUCCACGGCGACGCCUCCGGGCCGUAUACGGAGGGGAGGGUCUUCCCCAGAGUGGGCGGCGAUUAGAGAUGAAGACUAGCAGAGGAUGCCGUCGCCUAACUGGAGAUAGGGGAUGUCAGGUUUCAUGUUUGUCGAUGAGGAGGUGUGAAUUAUCUCCACCGAGACCAGCGAACCUGACAGGCCAUGGCCUGCAUGAGUGGCAUCUGACAUUUAUCGACAUCGAAAGACUGAUGGCACGACAAGGAGCAGGGACGAUGGGCCGCGGCAAAGCGAGGACGUGUGGUCAGCAGAGGGCAAGCUGUCGACCUGCCUGUUUGGAGGGGGGCUAAAAUGUCGCCAUCGCCAUUGUUCAAUGGUCCAACAGACAGCCUCACCGAGCAGAUGGCACAAAGUGGAGCUUGGAUUGACGUGAUGCGCGGCAUGGCCAAAGAGACGGUGCAGAGACAAAUUAAACUUCCCGUGGCCGGUGGCACGGUAGCACCCUCGGCCCGGCCAGACUUGCAGAAACCGGCCAUCGAAAACAUGGGUUUGAGCUCUUGGGCUGACCGUGCUUGUGUCCCGGGGGCGGCCGUUGGGAAGGAGGAUAAAAAAUUUUCGUGGUUGGUGCCAUGACGCCAAAUCACGACAUCGCCGCCGCGGAUACUAUGACGUACAAGCAGGGUUGGAGCCAGUGAGAGCGGCAUUGCAUAGCAAAAUGUGCCCACUCUGUGCGUUCCAUAUAGUCAGGGAUCCGUCGACGUGGGAUGCAGAACUGACUUGAUCUCCUGCCUCUUUGGCUCUAGGUCUGUGGUGACGAGCGAGGCCCAGCAUCGGUGGCGACAGGUCCAUCCCUGUGAAGCCUUGCCGAGACACGGAUCAGCCGCUGCCAUCUGAAGUUCUGGGACAUGGCCAGCAGAAAUAGAUAAAACCGAUAGCUUCAACCAGACGAACUGCUGUUUUCUGGAACAACCACCCGCUCCGUCCAGCCUCCAAGCCCACCCGCCAAUCACACAGGGCCAGCAGCAUGUCCAAGUUCACGGGAUCCGCCCCCGAGGGUGAUAGCCAUGACUUCAAGGAGCCGGGCACCCUCGCCAACUCCGAAGGGGGCAGCGAAGUGGGUCAACUGCAGCGCGCCAGCGAAGCCAAACGCCAGAUUGGCAUCGUCUCUGCAGUCUUUCUGAUCGUCAACCGGGUUAUCGGCACUGGCAUCUUUGCCACGCCCGGCUCCAUCUUGAAGCUUUCCGGCAGUGUCGGUCUGUCGUUGUUCAUCUGGGUUGCCGGCAUGCUGAUUGCCCUUGCCGGCACGGCUGUCUAUCUCGAGUUCGGCACUGCCAUCCCCAAGAACGGAGGCGAGAAGAACUACCUCGAAUACGUUUUCCGCAAGCCAAAGUUCCUCACCACUGGCCUCUACACUGGCUACGUUGUUCUCCUUGGUUGGGCCAGCGGUAACUCGGUCGUCUUUGGCGAGUACAUUCUCCAUGCUGCCGGCGUCGAAGUCGAUCGGUGGAACCAGCGCGGCAUCGGGUUGGCUUGCAUCACCACCGCCUUCCUGAUCCACGCCACCAGCGUCAAGUGGGGGAUCCGCCUGCAAAACCUCCUCGGCACCAUCAAGGUCAUCAUCAUCCUCAUCAUCGUCGUUGCCGGCUGGGUCGCUCUCGCCGGCCAUGUCAAGCUUCCUGAAGACGAGAAGCCCCACAACUUCAGGGAUGCGUUUGAGGGCACCACUGGAUCUGCCUAUGGUGUUGUGACGGCCCUCUACAACGUCAUCUGGAGUUACAUCGGCUACAGCAACGCCAACUACGCCCUCUCCGAGACCAAGAACCCAGUCCGCACCCUCAAGAUCGCCGCUCCUCUGGCCAUCGGCGUCAUCUCAGUCCUCUACAUGUUUGUCAACAUUGCCUACUUCGCCGCCGUCCCCAAGGACGAGAUUCUCGCUGCCCAGCGCCUGGUGGCUGCUUCGCUCUUCAGAAAUGUUUUUGGCGGUACUGCCGAGCGCGCCCUUUCCGUCUUUGUUGCCUUGUCUGCCUUUGGCAAUGUUCUGUCUGUCAUCUUUUCUCAGGGGCGUCUGGUUCAGGAGCUCGGCCGUGAGGGUAUCCUUCCCUACUCCCGCUUCUGGGCCAGCAACAGACCUUUCAACGCCCCCACCGCGGGUCUGUUUGAGCACUGGGCCGUCUCGGUCAUCAUCAUGCUUGCCCCUCCUCCCGGCGAUGCCUACAACUUCAUUCUCAACCUCAUCUCGUACCCCUUGGCCAUCAUCAACACUUUUGUCGCUCUUGGCCUGAUCUACCUCUACCUCAACCGGAAGGCGUGGAACUGGAACCCUCCUAUCUCGGCCACUCUGCCCGUUGUCAUCUUCUUUUUCCUCAGCAACAUUUACCUUGUCAUUGCGCCAUUUGUACCCCCCGAGGAUGGUCAGAACAUCUACGACGAGUUGCCAUACUGGCUUCACUGUGUUGUCGGCUUUGGCAUCAUUAUUGCUGGUGGGGUGUACUGGGUCAUCUGGGCCAAGAUUUUGCCCAAAAUUGGCGGCUAUGAGCUCGACAGAGUGACGCUGUAUGAUGAAAUCGACGGGUGGGAGCGCAGCGUGUUUGUCAAGAGACCCAUAGACAAAACGCAAUGAUGAGAGGGGAAGCCGGCGGAAGAAACGGGUUUGAGUAAUGACUGGUUUGGGUUUUCUGGUUUUGAUUGUGAUUAGUUUUAAAAUUUUAUACCCCUAGCGUUUUGGAGUACCUAAUGAAGAGCAGUCAUACUGCUGUUGAGUCCU